AACAAUGAAAAAAAACUCAACAGUUCUACAGAAUUCGUUAAGCGUGUGUUUGCCUAUUAAUUAAAAAAAAACAAUGCAGAUUUUAGGACUUUGUGUGGCCUUGUGCCUUUUAGCUGGAGCUUAUUGUUUUUGUACUUCAAAUGUUCCUCCCACUAUGCCCUGUAAUGUUGCUUACAGAUGUUCCGAUGAAGAAAUACCAGUUUGGGCAACAAGUGAUGGUAUUUUCUGUAAAGUCUUCCGGAACAUGUGCUAUAUGUCAAGUGUAAACUGUGAUCGCUUGAAUAAUAAUGAAACUGAAUACAGAGAAAUAAGUCAAGCAAAAUGUCAGGAAUUAUGUAAAGAGAUGGUGUGUAUGGCACUUUUUCAACCUGUUUGUGGGUCAUAUAAUGGUAAAUUUAUGACAUUCGGGAAUGAGUGUGAGAUGGAAAGACAUAUUUGUACAACUGGAGAAUCUUACAGCCUUUAUAAAUUGGAAGCGUGUCCAAUAUAGGCAUUUUUGAACAAUUAAUAGGCAAAGCAUCUC